AUGUGCCCCGCUGCCUUGGGACCCAGCCCUGCUGCCGGACCCCGGGGGAGACGGGGGGGGCGCGACCCAGGUUCCCCGGGGGCCCUGGGGUGUUGGGGCCUGCGGCUUUCCGGCCCCCUCCCCUUCCGGCCGCGUGCUGCCGUGGGGGCCGCGCUUGGGACCCAGAGGGAUAGUUGUCGGGGGCCACCCCCGCACCGAGCCCCAUCAGAGGCCCACUCAGGGUCCCAGUCUCUUCUUUUCCAGAAUGAUAGGGCUGGGCCCCCCGGGUGGGCUGAGGUCCCCGCUGACUCCUUGGGGGGCACGGCCCUGGGGUUGGGGUGGGGUUGGGAUGGGCCGGGCCGCUGCAAGCCCCUCUUGGUGCCCACAGAUGAGCGGGAGGCGGUGCAGAAGAAAACGUUCACCAAGUGGGUCAACUCCCACCUGGCCAGGGUGCCGUGCCGCGUGGGCGACCUGUACAACGAUCUGCGCGACGGGCGCAACCUCCUGAGGCUGCUCGAGGUGCUCUCGGGAGAGAUGCUGCCGAAGCCCACCAAAGGGCGCAUGCGCAUCCACUGCCUGGAGAACGUGGACAAAGCCCUGCAGUUCCUCAAGGAGCAGAAGGUGCAUCUGGAGAACAUGGGCUCCCACGACAUUGUGGACGGCAACCACCGCCUGACGCUGGGCCUGGUCUGGACCAUCAUCCUCCGCUUCCAGAUUCAGGACAUCAGUGUGGAGACCGAGGACAACAAGGAGAAGAAGUCGGCCAAGGACGCGCUUCUGCUCUGGUGCCAGAUGAAGACGGCGGGGUAUCCCAAUGUCAACGUGCACAACUUCACCACCAGCUGGAGAGAUGGCCUGGCCUUCAACGCCAUCGUGCACAAACACCGGCCAGACCUGUUGGAGUUUGACUCGCUGAGAAAGUGCAACGCUCACUACAACCUCCAGAACGUCUUCAACCUGGCCGAGAAGGAGCUGGGGCUCACCAAGCUGCUGGACCCCGAAGAUGUGAACGUGGACCAACCUGAUGAAAAAUCCAUCAUCACCUACGUGGCCACUUACUACCACUACUUCUCCAAGAUGAAGGCCCUCGCCGUGGAAGGCAAGCGGAUUGGCAAGGUGCUGGACUAUGCCCUGGAAGCCGAGCGCCUGGUGGAGAAGUACGAGUCCCUGGCCUCGGAGCUGCUGCAGUGGAUCGAGCAGACCAUCGUGACCCUCAACGACCGGCAGCUCGCCAACUCCCUGAGCGGUGUGCAGAACCAGCUGCAGUCCUUCAACUCUUACCGCACCGUGGAGAAGCCGCCCAAAUUCACCGAGAAAGGGAACUUGGAAGUUCUGCUCUUCACCAUCCAAAGCAAACUUCGUGCCAACAACCAGAAGGUGUACGCCCCGCGGGAGGGCCGGCUGGUCUCGGACAUCAACAAGGCUUGGGAGCGGCUGGAGAAGGCGGAGCACGAGCGGGAGCUGGCGCUGCGCACCGAGCUGAUCCGCCAGGAGAAGCUGGAGCAGCUGGCCGCGCGCUUUGACCGCAAGGCCGCCAUGCGGGAGACCUGGCUGAGCGAGAAUCAGCGCCUGGUGGCCCAGGACAACUUUGGCCUGGAGUUGGCGGCCGUGGAGGCCGCGGUGCGGAAGCACGAGGCCAUCGAGACCGACAUCGUGGCCUACAGCGGGCGCGUGCAGGCCGUGGACGCUGUGGCUGCCGAGCUGGCCGCUGAGCGCUACCAUGACAUCAAAAGGGUGGCGGCCCGCCAGCAUAACGUGGCCCGGCUGUGGGACUUCCUGCGGCAGAUGGUGGCGGCUCGGCGUGAGCGGCUGCUCCUCAACCUCGAAUUGCAGAAGGUCUUCCAAGACCUCUUCUACCUCAUGGACUGGAUGGAGGAGAUGAGGGGCCGGCUGCAGUCUCAGGACCUGGGCAAGCACUUGGCCGGGGUGGAAGACCUGCUGCAGCUGCACGAGCUGGUGGAAGCCGACAUUGCCGUGCAGGCCGAGCGGGUCCGGGCCAUCAGUGCCUCGGCGCUCCGCUUCAGCGACCCCACGGCAGGCUACAAGCCCUGCGAGCCCCAGCUGGUGUCCCAGCGUGUGGAGGCCCUGCAGCAGAGCUACGAGGGCCUGUGUGAGCUGGCCGCCACGCGCCGCGCACAGCUGGAGGAGUCGCGCCGCCUCUGGCGCUUCCUCUGGGAGGCGGGAGAGGCGGAGGCCUGGAUCCGGGAGCAGCGGCAUCUCCUGGCCUCAGCCGAGCCCGGCCGGGACCUCACGGGCGUCCUGCGCCUACUCAGCAAGCACGCGGCCCUGCGGGACGAGAUGAGUGGCCGCCUGGGGCCCUUGCGGCUCACGCUGGAGCAGGGGCGGCAGCUGGUGGCCGAGGGCCACCCAGGAGCCAAGCAGGCGGCGGCACGUGGGGCUGAGCUGCAGGCCCAGUGGGAGCGCCUCGAGGCCCUGGCGGAUGAGCGGGCCCGGGACCUGGCUCAGGCCUCCAGCCUGCACCAGUUCCUGGCUGAGGCUCAUGACAUGGAGACGUGGCUGGUGGACGCCCUGCGCCUGGUGUCCAGCCCGGAGCUGGGCCACGAUGAGUUCUCCACCCAGGCCCUGGCCAAGCAGCACCGCGCCCUGGAGGAGGAGAUGCGCAGCCACAGGUCCGCCCUGGACGCGCUGAGGGAGCAGGCCGCGGCCCUGCCGGCCGCUGUGGCCCAGGCCCCCGAGGUGCAGGGCUGGCUGCCCGCGCUGGAGCGCCGCUACCAAGAGCUGCAGGCGCGAGCCGGUGAGCGGGCCCGGGCCCUGGAAGCCGCCCUCGCCCACUACACCAUGCUCAGCGAGGCCAGCGCCUGUGGGCUCUGGGUGGAUGAGAAGGAGCAGUGGCUCAACGGGCUGGCCUUGCCCAAGCGCCUGGAGGACUUGGAGGUGGUCCAGCAGAGGUUUGAGACUCUGGAGCCUGAAAUGAACGCCCUGGCUGCCCGGGUGGCCGCGGUCAACACCAUCGCCCAGCAGCUGCUGGAGGCCGAGCCGCCCGGCAGGGACAGCAUCCUCGCCACCCAGAAGCAGCUCAACCAGAGGUGGCAGCAAUUCCGGACUCUCGCCGAUGGCAAGAAGGCGGCCCUGACCUCCGCCCUGAGCAUCCAGAACUACCACCUCGAGUGCACGGAGACCCAGGCCUGGAUGAGGGAGAAGAUCAAAGUGAUCGAGUCCACGCAGGGCCUGGGCAACGACCUGGCCGGAGUCCUGGCCCUUCAGCGCAAGCUGGCUGGCACCGAGCGGGACCUGGAGGCCAUCGGGACCCGAGUGGGGACGCUGGCGCAGGAGGCACAUGCCCUGGCCGCCAGCCACCCUGCACAGGCCCCUGCCAUCGAGGCCCGGUUGCAUGAGGUCCAGGAGGGCUGGGAGGGCCUGCGCGCCACCAUGCGGCGCCGGGAGGAGUCACUGGGCGAGGCGCGGCGGCUGCAGGACUUCCUCCGGAGCUUGGAUGACUUCCAGGCGUGGCUGGGCCGGACCCAAACCGCUGUGGCCUCUGAAGAGGGGCCGGCCACGCUCCCCGAGGCGGAAGCCCUACUGGCCCAGCACGCGGCCCUGCGCGACGAGGUGGGGCGGGCCAAGGGCGAGUACGGCCGCCUCCGCGCCGUGGGGGAGGAGGUGACGCGCGACCAGGCCGACCCCCAGUGUCUCUUCCUGCGGCAGCGACUCGAGGCCUUGGGCACCGGCUGGGAAGAACUGGGCCGCAUGUGGGAGAGCCGCCAGGCCCGGCUGGCCCAAGCCCACGGCCUGCAAGGCUUCCUGCGGGACGCUCGGCAGGCCGAGGGGGUGCUCAGCAGCCAGGAGUACGAGCUGUCUCACACUGAGAUGCCAGGGACCCUGCAGGCGGCCGACGCUGCCAUCAAAAAGCUGGAAGAUUUCAUGAGCACCAUGGACGCCAAUGGGGAGCGGAUCCGGGGGCUCCUGGAAGCGGGGCGCCAGCUGGUGGCAGGGGGCAACAUCCACGCAGAGAAGAUCAAGGAGAAGGCAGAUUCGAUCGAGAAGAGGCACAGCAAGAAUCAGGAGGCCGCCCAGCAGCUUCUGCGCCGUCUCCGGGACAACCGCGAGCGUCAGCACUUCCUACAGGAGUGCCACGAGUUGACGCUGUGGAUCGACGAGAAGAUGCUGACGGCCCAGGACGUGUCCUACGACGAGGCUCGCAACCUGCACACCAAGUGGCAGAAGCACCAGGCCUUCAUGGCCGAGCUGGCCGCCAACAAGGACUGGCUGGACAAGAUCGACCGGGAAGGGAAGGUGCUGACGUCGGAGAAGCCCGAGCUGAAGCCCCUGGUGGGGGAGAAGCUGCAGGCCCUGCACACGCGCUGGCAGGAGCUGGAGGAGACCACGCAGGCCAAGGCCCGCAGCCUGUUUGAUGCCAACCGCGCGGAGCUGUUUGCCCAGAGCUGCUCGGCCCUGGAGAGCUGGCUGGGCACGCUGCAGGCCCAGCUGCACUCGGACGACUACGGAAAGGACCUCACCAGUGUCAACAUCCUCCUCAAGAAGCAGCAGAUGCUGGAACGGGAGAUGGCCGUGCGGGAGAAGGAGGUGGAGGCCAUCCAGGCUCAGGCCAAGGCGCUGGCCCAGGAGGAGCACGGGGCGGGAGAGGUGGAGCGCACCUCCAGAGCCGUGGAGGAGAAAUUCCGGGCCCUGUACAAGCCCCUCAAGGAGCGCUGCAACCGCCUGCUGGCCUCUCGCGAGCAGCACCAGUUCCACCGGGACGUGGAAGAUGAGAUCCUGUGGGUGACCGAGCGGCUGCCAAUGGCCAGCUCCACGGAGCACGGCAAGGACCUGCCCAGUGUCCAGCUCCUCAUGAAGAAAAACCAGACUCUGCAGAAGGAGGUUCAGGGCCACGAGCCCCGCAUCGCGGACCUGAGGGAGCGGCAGCAGGCGUUGGGGGCGGCCGCGGGCCCGGAGCUGGCGGCCAGGGUGGCCGAGCUCCAGGAGCUGUGGAGGCGCCUGGGCCAGGAGCUGGAGCAGCGCGGGGCCCGCCUCCGGGACGCACUGAGGGCCCAGCAGUUCUACCGCGACGCCGCCGAGGCCGAGGCCUGGAUGGGGGAGCAGGAGCUGCACAUGAUGGGUCAAGAGAAGGCCAAGGAUGAGUUGAGUGCUCAGGCAGAGGUCAAGAAGCACCAGGUCCUGGAGCAGGCGCUGGCUGACUACGCACACACCGUGCACCAGCUGGCGGCCAGCAGCCAGGAUAUGAUCGCGGCCCAGCACCCCGAGAGUGACCGGCUGACCAUCCGCCAAGCCCAGGUGGAGAAGCUGUACGCCAGCCUGAAGGAGCUGGCUGUGGAACGGCGGGCACGGCUGCUGGAGCACCAGCGCCUGUGCCAGCUGCGGCGGGACCUGGACGACCUGGAGCAGUGGAUCCAGGAGCGGGAGGUGGUGGCCGCCUCGCACGAGCUGGGCCAGGACUACGAGCAUGUCAGCAUGCUGCGGGACAAGUUCCGGGAGUUCUCCCGAGACACCAGCACCAUUGGCCAGGAGCGGGUAGAUGGCGCCAACGCCCUGGCCGACGGGCUGAUCGCGGGGGGCCACGCUGCCCGAGCCACGGUGGCCGAGUGGAAGGACGGGCUCAACGAGGCCUGGGCCGACCUCCUGGAGUUACUGGACACGCGGGGUCAGGUCCUGGCCGCCGCCCACGAGUUGCAGCGCUUCCUGCACAUGGCGCGCCAGGCCUUGGCGCGCGUCCAGCACAAGCAGCAGCAGCUGCCCGACGGGGCCGGCCGGGACCUGAACUCGGCGGAGGCCUUGCAGCGACGGCACUGUGCCUAUGAGCACGACAUCCAGGCACUGAGUGCCCAGGUACAGCAGGUGCAGGACGAUGGGGCCCCCGGGAACCAGGGGGAACUUGCCGGGAGGGAAGGGCCUUUGGGGACGGGAGCGUGGACUGAUGGAGCCGCUGAUGCUGACGGGCUCGCCCCACUGCCCUCCCCCUCCUCGCGCUCUCGGGAGCAGGGGCUCCCCCGGAGGGCAGUGGCCAGAGCCGCUGGAACCCAGCCCGGUGCCCCGACCUCACCAGUCCCCCAGGCCCCAUGUGGCCCUGUGGGCACCUCCCCCACCAUGUGCCCUUUGUCCCUGGCAGAGCAGCAGAAAGGGCUGGCUGGCCGUCUGAGCCCGGGCCCCAGAGCCCAACGCCCCCCAUGGCUGGCUGCCGGGAGCUGCAGGUCGGUGGGCACCAAUGCGGAUGUGCCCCUCCCUGCUGAUCCCAUGAGGGAGCCGGGCACCCGGGCGGAAGACGGGCAGGACACUCACGCCUUAGGUUAG